GUUGCAUAAUCGAUCGCCGCUACAAGUAUGUACAAACCUAGCUAGGCUCCCGAGCGCCAGCCGACCCGUCCAAGCAAUGGCCAACAGCACCGGCGGCGGCAGCGGAGAGCACCACGUCUGGAUACCAGCUCACGGCGUCGGCCGAGCAGGCAAGGCCGCCGCUGCGCCGGAGAUGUGGCUGAAUCGCUUCGUUCGCUCCGUCACGCUAAUCGAGAGGGUUGGCAACGCCUUGGGCACGCUGGCCUUCACCUGGGCCACCGUCGUCCUGCUCGGAGGCUACUCCAAGGACCUCGGAUGCUACUCCAAGGACCUCGGAUUCGAUAAUGAUUUUUGGUAUGCGACGGUGAUAGUAUUCCUCGAAGCUACAAGGUAUGACAAAGCAAUUUUGUAACUUGUGAUAGUAUUCCUCUUGGUCAUCUUUGAUGAGGGGGUCGUUGGAUCUUGCGCGUGCGGAUCGUUUUAGCUUUAGCAACCUAUUUGAUAACCAUUCAGGGGAAGUUUCCACAAGGGUGUUUGUGAAAGGAUUAAGCAUGGAAAGUAAACGAAAUUGCCUUAUAUACGAUCUUUUCUUAUCCGAUUAUGCACACAAGAGAGAGGCUUGAUUCAAUUUGAUAUGGCCCACAAGCCCAGAUCAGUCUUAUUGUACACAACUUCGGAUGAAUUUCAUUCGUACGUGUAGCAACGUUUUACUCCCAUUUCUUUGUUUGUUAUAUGAUGAAAAUUAGGAUGGGAUAAAACUCUGUUCACGAAUUAAUAGGGUACCUUCGGAAGGUAUGGUUGAGAAUUGGCUUCCUCAACUUACAUUCCUCUUCUCACUUAAACUCCCAUUCCCUCUAAUCAAACAGUGGACCUUUAAUCUUCUCACCCUCAACUCCCAUUCCCCAUCUCUAAUUCC